UAUGGGAGGUUGAGUUUGUUAAUGGUUACGGGCGAUUGAGAAAGCGUGGUUAGAGGGGAGCAAUGGUAGAAAAAACAGGGUGACGCUCAAAACUGAAACGAUAGUCAUAUAGCCAUGAAUAGUAAACAAGGCAAAAAAUCAAACAAGACAGACCCAAGAAAAAAAAAAGUAAGAAAGAAAGGAGGUUUGUUUUGUUGUGUUUUUUGGAAUUGAUCUCUAAACAAAGCAACUGAAAGAGCUUAGAGGUUGAGAAAGAGGGGAGGGGAAGCCCCAACUUUGUAGGAAAAAAGAAACCACAGAGCUACCAGAAGGGCUUCCCUUUCUUUCUACGACUGUCUCUCUAUGUUCUUUCGCUAACACCACCUUGCCUCCGUUUUCUUUUCUUCCUACUCUCUCCGAAGACUUGCAUCACAACUUUUUUCUUCUCCCCCUCUCCAGGUAAUUUGCCUUAGAAAGAGUUGAAUUUUUUUAAUUUAAUCGUGAUGGUAUAAGAUUGUUAUUCUUUUUACUUUCUCAAUAACUCGAGUUAUUAAGAUAAAUAUUUGAUUGAUUGAUGGGUGGAAGGCGACAAAGCUCGCAUGCCAGGAAAUAUUGGAAUCAUGAGUUAAAAGAAGCAGGGUAAGAAAGAAUCAACAUGUUCGGGUGAGGGUGCAAAAGUUUGAUCGAAAAUAAUUGAUAGUUAUUCUCUUGAGUACACAAGGAAGAUGGAGAAUGAAAAAUGAUAAGUUACCAACCAGAAAGAUACGAAAAGAAGAAUGUAACUAAAAGAAGAAGAAAAAAAAGAGGAAUAUGUAACAUCGAGUUAUUGAAACCGAUCAUAAUAAUUGAUUUUAUACUUAUACCAAUAAUCAUGUGUUGGAAUCAUGAUUCAUGAGUAUAUCUUUCCUUUAUUUGAUUAUUUUAUUUUUUUGCAACAGGGGCUUGGGAUUGAGAGAGUGGAGAUUACAGGAGAGGGGUGAAAUUUUCCUGGCAUCGUUGUUUCAAAUGCGAAAAAGCCUUUUGGCGGAGAUUCAUGAAGUAAAAAAAUAAAGAAAAAAAUCUUCUUUUCACAAGAGGGGAAAAUAAUAAAUAAAAAAAUGUCGAGCUCGAAUGAUAAUGGAUCCCCUUCUACAACUCCGUCGACCACAAACUCACCGCCGAAUCAAUCAGAUGAUGGAUCGACAAACAACAACGAUGAAUCAACUAACUCGUCGGGUAAUUCUCCACCGUCUCCACCAAAGGGCUCAAACCCACAGAAUGAAAACCCAAACUCUGUUUCCCCUCCGGCACCGCCUCAACGUCGUGAAGAGGGCAGCGGGGGAGGCAACGUUGACAACAACCACAACAACCAAAACAACAACAAUAACCAGAACAACAAUAAUAGAGAUGGUGAUACAAAGGUUCACGAGAUUGUAGCACCGCCGGGAGCGGGUCGGCCAUCACACGAGAACAAGUCAAUAGCACCGCCGGGAGUGGAGCAGUGGAAUAGUGCAACCAAAGGGCUAACCCAAGACCAAAUUAAGCUAAUUGCGGGAAUAUCUGCAGGGGUGGGUCUAUUCUUCAUCCUAUUGAUAAUAAUUUGUUGCAUUUGUUGUUGCCGAAAGAAGAAGAAGAAUAAACAAGAACACAUACACCAUUAUUACGGUGAGUACCCAAUGGGUCCGCCACCAGACCAAUACUAUAUGAACAGUGGUCAGCACCCCGGGCCGCCUCAAAAAUGGCAGCAGUCGCAACCACCGAUGGGGAUGAAUUACAGCGGCGGGCCUCCUCCGAUGAUGUCUAGUGGGGACAUGAAUAGUGCCAAUUACUCCAACCUCCAACCGCCGCCCCCGCCACCGACGAUCUCAAUUGGGUUUAAUCAGAGCACUUUUACGUAUGAGGAGUUGCAGGCAGCCACAGGCGGGUUUGCACAGUCGAAUCUGUUGGGACAAGGAGGGUUCGGGUAUGUUCAUAAAGGGGUUUUACCUAAUGGGAAGGAAGUGGCAGUGAAGAGCUUGAAAUCAGGUAGUGGGCAGGGUGAGAGGGAAUUCAUGGCGGAGGUUGAGAUUAUCAGUCGGGUUCAUCAUCGACAUCUUGUGUCGCUCGUUGGGUACUCAAUUACUAAUCAACAGAGGUUGUUGGUUUACGAGUUCCUUCCUAAUGACACUCUUGAAUAUCAUCUCCAUGGAAAGAAUGUUUCGAUUAUGGAUUUCCCUACUAGGCUCAAGAUAGCAUUAGGCUCUGCAAAAGGACUUGCUUAUCUCCAUGAAGAUUGCCACCCGAAGAUCAUUCAUCGUGACAUAAAAUCUUCCAACAUUCUCCUAGACUUGAACUUUGAAGCGAAGGUGGCUGAUUUUGGAUUGGCCAAGCUCUCUACCGACAAUCACACUCAUAUUUCAACACGAGUGAUGGGAACAUUCGGGUAUCUGGCUCCGGAGUAUGCAUCGAGUGGGAAGCUAACGGAGAAAUCCGAUGUGUUCUCAUUUGGGGUCAUGCUCUUAGAACUCAUCACAGGGAAGAGACCUGUGGAUCCAACCAAUGUCAUGGAAGAUAGCUUGGUGGAUUGGGCUCGACCCCUCAUGACCCGAGCACUAGAUGAAGGAAACUUCAAUGAGUUGGUUGAUCUUCGAAUGGAGGGCAACUUCAACACUGGUGAGAUGCAACGGCUGAUUGCAUGUGCCGCUGCCAGCAUUCGCCACUCUGCCAGAAAGCGCCCCAAGAUGAGCCAGAUAGUACACACAUUGGAAGGAGACGCAUCGCUGGAUGACUUGAGUGAUGGGAUUAGGCCUGGACAAAGUUCCAUCUUCGGCGCAGCCGGUGGUAGCGGUGGCGAGUAUGACAUCAGUGCUUACAACGCCGACAUGGAAAGGUUUCGACAAGUGGCAUUAUCGAGCCAGGAAUUCCAGAGCAGCGAACAUGGGACAACUUCAUCAAGUAGUGAUUCUCGAGACAUGGCUCCAACGGCCCUGCGCAAGUACAAUUUGUAAAAAGAACACAACUAAUUACAACCAAGAAACAAUGCUCAACAGAGGAAAAUGUUAGAUGAGGAAAAGGAAAGACUUUGCUAAACAAAGUGCAAAAGAAUGCUAGACUUUGAAUCGAAGUCAUUUUACUCUCUUGAUUGUUUUGUUGUGCAAAUGUAAAAAAUGGUAGGAAAAAAUGAGGACAAAGUAAAGGAAAAGAACAAAGAAAAAAAACUGACAGAGGAAGAAGAAGAAAAAAACAAAAAAGUUAAGCAUAUGGCGCUGGAUCUUAAUUUAUAGUACGAACGGGUAAUUUUUCAUUUCUUUGAUUUUAUUUUAUUUUGUAAGGGCAUAAUUAAUUGACCAUUCACCAUCUUUGUGAGUUUGUAACAUUUGAGUGAUCGAAAGUUGAGGGGCAAAUCCAGCUUUAUAUGCAUACUUGUAGUAGGAAACUAGAGAUUGUAAUUUAAUGUUUUAAAAGUUUAGUUUAGUUCAUUUGUGCUUUUGGGGCUUUUAAUUAUAUUUGCAUACAAAUCUAUUAAUAUAUAGAUGCAUACUUG